AUGGGACUGCUGGGAGAGAGACAGAGUGGGAGCUGCCAGAAGGACCCCAGGGGGCUCAGUGGGGAUGCACCACAACCCCCAUUGAAUGGCAGCAGCCUGGUCUUGGUGGAGCAGCCUGCAGCCCCUCCCAAGUGCCCUGGCUCUGCCCCAGAGCUGCCCCCCACAGCAGACAGCCCCACGGACAACCCCAGCCAGGAGUGGAAAGUGGUGAAGAUCCAACGGGUCCUCAUCAACCCUGACUUUGAGCCAAGGAAAACAGGUCUCUCCCGCAGCGCCAGCCUCUCGGAGAAGGAGCUGAAGGAGGCGAAGGCGCGGAGCCAGAGGAUCGCAGCUCAGCUCACCACGGCUCCUGGCCCCAGCUCCAAGGGUGUCCUGCUGUUCCACCGGCGCAGGCAGCGCGUUGAGGGGCUCUCGGGGGCCGGGCAUGGCGGGGGGCUGCCGCUGAGCCCCGCGGCCCAGCCUCGCCAAGGGGCCAUGGAGCAGAGCCAGGGACAGGGGAUGAAGCCGGAGCCUGCCCAGCCUGGCAAUCCAGGAGAAGGGAUGCUGGCGAACGCCUCCCCGUGCCAGGAGCUUCCUGCUGAAGCCCAGCAGGUCCCACUCAGCGUUUACCUGAAGGAGAACAUGGCAUCGGCCGCCACCAACGGCGUGCAGGAGCGCUCGGCCAGCGGGAUGGAGAGAGGGGUGGAGGGGCUCGGAAAUGCAGGAGCCCCUGCGGGGCCAAACACGGCGGCGCUUGUGGUGGCACAGAGCCCCGGGGAAGGAAAGAACGUCAGCGUGCCCAGUGAGGUGCCCGGUGAGGUGCCUAGCGAGGUGCCCAGUGCUCCAGCAGGGACAGCCACAGCCACGGCAUCGCCAGCCGGGCAGCAGCAGAACGGGACGCAGGGCCGGCAGUACUACGAGGUCCAUCUCACCCUGGCCAAGCCCAAGCCUGUGAAGAACCGGACGGCCAGACCCUUCGGCACCCAGGCAUCCCCCACCAGUGCCCAGCCGGCCGAGGAGCCCCCUGCCCCCGAGCUGCCCCCACCUCCAACCUACGCAGAGACCCUCAGCAGCCCCCCACCCCUCACCCGUGUUCGCUCCCCCCCUGCCUACUCGGCCCUGUACCCCACCCAGGAGCAGAAGAUGCUGCCAGAUCCCCUCCUGGGCUGCGGGGUGAGCGGACCAAACCCCUUGCCCAAAACAGGGAUCCUGGAGGAGUCGGCUGCCCGCAGAGCCAGCAGAAAGUCCAUGUUCACCUUCGUGGAGAAGCCGAAGCUGGGCCCCAACCCCGACCUGCUGGACCUGGUUCAGAGUGCAGACAGCAGGAAGAAGCAGAAGGAGCAGAGGGAGCCCAGUGCUGAGGAUGAGCCCUUUGCCCUGGGGGCUGAAGCUUCGAACUUUGUCCCCAACAGUGCAGCCAGGGGUGUGCAGCACCUGCCACCAGCUGAGGAUGCUCCGGCAUGGUCCUCCUGCCUGAAGUCUCCCACCAUCCAGCCCAAGAAGAAGCCACAGCCCAGCCACAUCCUCACUGAAGCGAGAGGGAAGGGAGCUGAGCUCUUUGCCCGCCGACAAUCCAGGAUGGAGAAGUUCAUCAUUGAGGCCCCCUCCCAGCCUGAGCUGCUGCGGUCCCCAUCGCCCACCAUGUCCCUGCCUCCCUCCUGGAAGUAUGACAACAAUGCUUACCUGUCACCCAUGGUCUCCAGACGCCCCUCCAAGAGUCCCUGCAGGCCCUCCAAAACCCCUCCUGCAUCACUGUAUGGCAGCAACCUAAUGGAGAACGAGGUGUCCCAGAAGGAGCUGGAGAUCUCCAAGCACCAGCCUUACCAGCUCCAGUCUUCUCUCUUCAUCCUCUCCCCAUCCAAGAGGCCAACAAGGUCCAUGCCCCAGGAGGUGCCUCCACCCAGACCCUCUCUUCCCGACUCCUACCCCUAUCCCCAGCAAGCCUCCUGCCCGACCUCUCCGUUGCCUCCUUCCCCGGUUUGGCAUCCCCCCGUGGUGCCCAGCGCCAGCCAGACCACUGCCAGCCCCUUCCCCAGUGUUGCCGGGGCUCUGCCCCUGACUCCUGACAGCCGUGCCAGUCCUGGAGCCCCGGCUGAGGUGCUGCUGGCCUCCCCGUGCCGCCUGCUGCCACCCCGGGCAAAGGCAGGCUUCCAGGCACCCCGGCCCUCCUACUCCACCAGGAAUGCCGGCAUCGAGCCGCAGGACAGGCGCUCGUCCCUCCCUGCAUCGCCCACCUGGACGCCCCGGCUGGCGCGGCGCCCGGGCAGCCUGGACGGCUGGGCCAGCCCGGCCUCGGUGCCCGAGCUGGAUGAGGGACUCCCCACGUCCCCUCCUUGGAGCGAGAGGUCCCUGUCCCCGCUGCGGCAGGACGCGGACCCCCGGGCCAGCCGGCAGAUGCAAGCGCGGCUCGCCAGGAACAUCAUCAACGCUGCCCGCAGGAAGAGCUCCUCUCCCAAAGCCGUGGGGCUGGAGAGCUCCCGGCCCUUCACCCCCAUCUCUGCCGGCCCCCCCAGCCUGCCCCAGUCGCCCCGGCUGGGGCCGAGAGCCGCAUCUUCCUGCCCCGUGCCCAGGCUGUCCCCCAUCCCCAAGAGCCCCCUGCCAUCCCCCGUGGUGGGCGGGCGCUCCCCGGCCAAGCGCUGCACCUCCCGGUCCCCGACGGACUCGGACGUCUCCCUCGACUCCGAAGACUCGGGGACCAAGAGCCCGGGAAUCCACAGCUUCAACCUCUGUCCCCGGGGCUGGACCAGCAGCCUGCGGCUGAAGACGGGGGGUCUGCCCUCAGGGGCUCCCUGCACCUCCUAG